CUGAGAAUUGCUGUCCAUUUCGGCUUCUUCUGCGAUUUCUAGCCAUUGUCAGCGCUUGGUCGCACAGUAGCCUCUCUUUCCACGGGUGUUGGUGGUUUCAUCGCUGCCUCCCUGGGUCUCCUGAAGACCGACACAUUCCGGUUCCCCUGGUUUCGCAUCCCCCUAUCAGCAGUCUCCUGCGCCGUGAUCUCCCGCCAGUCGAUUAGCCGCCAGUAUGGCUACCCCAGAUGUCGCCCCUCAUUUUGGGGCAGAACUUAAGGAUGCCUUCAAGCCAGUCAACAAUUGGGUUUCCCAUGGUAUUGGGUGGUUGGACGAGAUACAACAAUUCUAUCGAGAGCGCAGUGUUAUCGAGAAGGAAUAUGCGGCCAAAAUGACGGCGCUGUGUAAAAAGUACAACGACCGCAAAGCGAAGAAAGUCAGCACGCUGAGUGUAGGGGACACUCCAAGUAUGACCCCGGGCUCACUCGAAAGUGCCUCGCUCACUACGUGGACGACGCAAUUGACCGCGAUCGAGGCGCACGCCGCCGAAAGGGACCAGUUUGGGACGGAUCUGGUGGUACAAAUAGCCGAGCCGCUCAAACAGGCCGCGGCGCAGUAUGAGGAGCUUCGCAAGUGUCACGUGGACUUCCAUGCGAAACUGGAGAAGGAAAGGGACUCUUCGUACAGUGAGCUGAAGAAGGUCAAGGGGAAGUAUGACGGAGCAUGUCAGGAGGUCGAGGCACGGCGGAAGAAAAUGGAGAGUUCGUUUGACCACAGCAAAACCAAGGCCCAAGCGGCCUAUCAGCAGCAGAUCCUGGAGAUGAACAACGUUAAGAACACAUACCUGAUCAGCAUCAACGUGACGAAUAAGCUCAAGGAGCGCUUUUACCACGAAUAUGUUCCAGAGCUCCUCGACGGCUUGCAAGACCUGAACGAAACCCGUGUAGCGAAGCUCAACUCGAUCUGGGCGCAAGCGGCCCAAUUGGACAAAAACUAUCUCACGAAGAGUGUCGAGCAUAUGUCCAAUCUCCUGCACGAAAUUCCACGCAACCUUCCUCAUCUUGACUCGCUCAUGUUCUUGCGCCACAACACCACACCUCUACAAGAACCCGCCAACGUAGGCUUCGAGCCCAGUCCUGUCUGGCACGAUGACGAGGCCCUUGUAACAGACGAGACCGCCAAGGUCUUCCUGCGCAACCUUCUCAGCAAGAGCAAGACACAGGUGCGGGAUCUCCGCGUGGAAACAGAUCAGAAGCGACGAGAAGUGGAGGCAGCCAAGAAGGUGCGCGAAGCUAUUCAGCAAGGCAGAGACAAACGGAGUGAGGUUGAAGUGGUCCGGUCCAUCUUUUUCUUGCAAGAGACGUUGCAUGAGAUUGACCGCAAGCGCCUAACGGCCGAAGUCGAGACAUCGACAAUCAUGGCCGUGGUAGGUGAUCUGUCGCUGGGGGCGCGCAAUCACAAUUUCAAGUCGCAAACGUUUAAGAUACCCACCAACUGCGACCUGUGCGGUGAGCGCAUUUGGGGUCUGUCGGCCAAGGGAUUCGACUGCCGCGACUGCGGCUACACUUGCCACAGCAAGUGCGAGAUGAAGGUGCCUGCGGAGUGUCCGGGCGAACAGACCAAGGAGGAGAAGAAAAAGCUCAAGGCAGAGCGACAGGAAUUAGCCAACUCGACUCCGACUUUAGAUCUGGAGCCGUCAGCAUCCAGCGGACCGACAGGAGCACCUUCGCUCACGCGCCAAAACACCAUGAACUCACUCAGUUCCGGCUAUGCCAUGAGCGCCAAUCGUUCUUUGUCUAAUGCAGCCAGUCUUUCCCCAUCUACUGCCGACUUACCUGCCUCGACUCCGACACCGCCAGCUACAGACACCAAAGCUUCCGCCGCGGCUGCCAAACGGAACCGCAUCCUAGCACCACCGCCAGCGCAGUAUGUCAACAGCCCUCCCGCAACUCCAACCCUGAGUUCGAAACCAGCGUCCUCGGAACCUCGAGGAAAGAUGCUGUACCCGUAUCAAGCGCAGGGGGACGAUGAAAUCACCGUUCAAGAAGGGGACGAUAUAGUCGUUGUAGAGCCAGAUGACGGAUCUGGCUGGCUCCGCGUCCGCCACCCCCCAACUGGAAACGAGGGCCUUGUUCCAAGCUCCUACGUUGACAUACUCCCUGCCGAGCGUCCGGCAUCGACCUACUCCACCAACUCUUCUGCCUCCGCCUCCGCCUCCAUCCUGCCCGCCGGUACGGGGGCCGGCAGCAAACGUAUCGGCCCGGCCGUGGCCCCGCGGCGUGGGGCCAAAAAACUGGCCUACGUGGAAGCGCUGUAUGACUACGAGGCGCGCAGCGACAUGGAGUGGAGCAUGAGCGAGGGGGAUCGGUUCGUGCUGGUGAACCGGGAUAGCGGGGACGGAUGGGCCGAUGUGGAACGCGGAGGCGUGACGAAGAGUGUGCCGGCAAAUUAUAUCCAGGAGGUGUAAUUAGAUUCCUCGGUGGUGGGUGGUGGGUGGAGUUGGGAUUAGAUUCUCCUUCUUGGCUGGAUUUGCGGAGGUGGGAGUGUUUGUUGUGUGGAGUACCUACGAGGGUAGGGUACAGCUACUUGAGCCAGCGCGUUGGAUUUGUUGCGUGUGGAUUCAUGGUACGUCGAGGGGGG